GCUCUUUCAACUUCUUCACCUCCAACAUUUGCCAUCGUCCCAUCGCGGGAUACUUGAUCUCCCCAACCCUCUUCUCGCCAACUAGUCCUGGGCACGAUGCUGCCCUCAUCGAUGCGGCGGGUCGUCUCUGCUGCUCCUCAAUCAUCACUUUUAUCUACCUUCGCCCCUGCGAGCACGAGAAUACCGGCCGCCUUCAACCUUUGCUGCAAAAGUACGGGUCAGCAGCGGAGGCGGUAUUCCUCCUCCAAGCCAUCGAGCCCUAAUGACUCCCCCAAAGACCCCAAGGAUAUCUCCAAUAACCAAGUAACGGCUACACCGUCUCAGUCGUCUAAGAAGGGCAGGGAAAAGCAAAAGCGCAAGGCCAACGAAUGGCCGGACGGCAAGCCAAAACUUCCCAGCGUCCCUAGCACGCAACACCUGCCACAGGAAGCCCUGGCCUUGUCGACCUUUUUCUCUCUACAUCGGCCGAUGUCAACAACCAAUAGCCUUCCUAAAGCGAUUACUCAAGAUGCAUUUGCACAAAUAUUUGCUUCCCAGGGGAAAAAUAGCAAGUAUAACGAUGUUAUGACUACAAUAUCCAGGACCGUCGACGAGCUUGAACAGCCCAUGCAAAACCUGACUCUGGAGAAUCAGCAAGGUGGCGAGAACAUGACGGAUGCCAACGGCGAGCCGAUGCACAAGAUCGAUCUCAAGCACCCCGACGGCACCGAAUCGAGCGUCUACGUCCAGCUCAACUCCAUGUCCGGCCAGUUCUUGCCUUUCCGGCCCCCUCCGCUGCCUCAAGCCGAGAACGCCGCCGAACCCGAGGUCGAUGCCAAACUCGAAAAGAUGAUGGAGUGCAUCCCGCAAACCCGCGUUUACAAGGCCAUGUUUACGCUCGAAGAGUCGACGGAUGAGAACGGCCAGCUCCGGAUCGUAGCGCACAGCCCCGAGUUAGUCGAGGAGGCCCCUGCGCCGCGUACGUUCCUUGAGCGUAUGGCCAUGCGCCAGAUCCGAUGGCGCGAGGAGUCGCGCGGCGAGAGCCCCGAUAUGCUUGCCAUCAGUGUGCGAAGGCAACGGAAGCUGAAGAUGAAGAAGAAGAAGUACAAGAAGUUGAUGAAGCGAACGCGAAACGUCCGACGGAAGCUGGAUCGGGUUUAAGGCAAGUGCUGGCUCCCCUGUACAUAAGAGCGUAUCUAUCUCAUCGCCCACAUCGCCGUACGCUCUAGUAUGGUGCAAUAAGUGGGCUGGCAUAAUGCGGUGUAGAGGUCAGGUCGGAUUGUUUCGAGUCGUUUCUUUACGGUCACGGAUUUCUUACUCUUACACUACCUAGAUCAUAGCAUACCUAUUUGACUUUCUCGAAGCAUUUCUAUAGGUGUGCUACGGCGACGUCAAAUACAAUCUCAAUUUUAGAAAUUUAGGAUACGAGC